AAACAAAAAUCUUGAGAUCAUCAUCUCUCUAGUAGAUGACUUACAUUCUUAUGAUUUCUAUUGAAUCAAUGAACUAUUUCCUGUUUUAAUUGCAGUGUGCUUUCUGCAAAAGGAAGCUAAUGAAUGUGAACGUCAUUGAAAAACAGAUGACAGAUACAGAUGGAGAUGGUGUACCAGAUGAAGUAGAUCAUGAUGAUGAUGGUGAUGGAAUUGAUGACUCCUUGGACCAAGAUGAUAAUGGCAAUGGUAUUCCAGAUAAAAAGGAAGCUGACACCAAUGGUGAUGGUAUUGCAGAUUACUUAGAAAAUGAUUAUGACAACAGUGACAAUUUAAUGCUUGGUAAUCAAGACAUAGAUAAAAACAAAGAUGAAAUUCCUGAGUACUUAGAAAGAAUUAAUGAUGGUUAUAGCUUUCCUGAUCAACAGAAUAGUGAUGAAACAAGUAAUGAAGAUAUUAUAGAAAUAACAAAGAAAUAUAACAAAUUAUUGAAUCCUCCUGAUAUGCUAGAAAAAGAUUCUGAUGGUGAUGGCAUACCUGAUCAUUUGGAUGAUGAUGAUGACAAUGAUGGUAUUCCUGACAGCCAAGAUGAUGAUGAUGAUGGAGAUGGAAUACCUGAUGAUCAAGAGAAAGAUUCUGAUGGGGAUGGUAUUCCUGAUCAUUUAGAUGAUGAUGAUGACAAUGAUGGUAUUCCUGACAGCCAAGAUAAUGAUGAUGAUGGGGAUGGAAUACCUGAUGAUCAAGAGAAAGAUUCUGAUGGGGAUGGUAUUCCUGAUCAUUUAGAUGAUGAUGAUGACAAUGAUGGUAUUCCUGACAGCCAAGCUAAUGAUGAUGAUGGGGAUGGAAUACCUGAUGAUCAAGAAAAAGAUUCUGAUGGAGAUGGCAUUCCAGAUCAUUUGGAUAAUGAUGAUGACAAUGAUGGUAUUCCUGACAGCCAAGAUGAUGAUGAUGAUGGAGAUGGAAUACCUGAUGAUCAAGAUAAAGAUACUGAUGGGGAUGGUAUUCCAGAUCAUUUGGAUGAUGAUGAUGACAAUGAUGGUAUUCCUGACAGCCAAGAUAAUGAUGAUGAUGGAGAUGGAAUACCUGAUGAUCAAGAGAAAGAUUCUGAUGGGGAUGGUAUUCCUGAUCAUUUAGAUGAUGAUGAUGACAAUGAUGGUAUUCCUGACAGCCAAGAUAAUGAUGAUGAUGGGGAUGGAAUACCUGAUGAUCAAGAAAAAGAUUCUGAUGGAGAUGGCAUUCCAGAUCAUUUGGAUAAUGAUGAUGACAAUGAUGGUAUUCCUGACAGCCAAGAUAAUGAUGAUGAUGGAGAUGGAAUACCUGAUGAUCAAGAGAAAGAUUCUGAUGGGGAUGGUAUUCCUGAUCAUUUAGAUGAUGAUGAUGACAAUGAUGGUAUUCCUGACAGCCAAGAUGAUGAUGAUGAUGGGGAUGGAAUACCUGAUGAUCAAGAAAAAGAUUCUGAUGGAGAUGGCAUUCCAGAUCAUUUGGAUAAUGAUGAUGACAAUGAUGGUAUUCCUGACAGCCAAGAUGAUGAUAAUGAUGGAGAUGGAAUACCUGAUGAUCAAGAUAAAGAUUCUGAUGGGGAUGGUAUUCCUGAUCAAUUAGAUGAUGAUGAUGACAAUGAUGGUAUUCCUGACAGCCAAGAUAAUGAUGAUGAUGGGGAUGGAAUACCUGAUGAUCAAGAAAAAGAUUCUGAUGGAGAUGGAAUUCCAGAUUAUCAAGAAAUAGAUACAGAUGAGGAUGGUAUACCUGAUUAUAUAGAUGAUGAUGAUGACAAUGAUGGUAUUCCUGACAGCCAAGAUAAUGAUGAUGAUGGGGAUGGAAUACCUGAUGAUCAAGAUAAAGAUACUGAUGGCGAUGGUAUUCCAGACAGUUUGGAUGAUGAUGAUGACAAUGAUGGUAUUCCUGACAGCCAAGAUAAUGAUGAUGAUGGAGAUGGAAUACCUGAUGUUCAAGAGAAAGAUUCUGAUGGAGAUGGUAUUCCUGAUCAUUUGGAUGAUGAUGAUGACAAUGAUGGUAUUCCUGACAGCCAAGAUAAUGAUGAUGAUGGAAAUGGAAUACCUGAUGAUCAAGAGAAAGAUAAUGAUGGGGAUGGUAUUCCAGAUCAUUUGGAUGAUGAUGAUGAUGAUAAUGAUGGUAUUCCUGACAGACAAAAUGAUGAUGGAGAUCAAAACAAAGAUUCUGAUGGGGAUGGCAUUCCAGAUCAUUUGGAUGACGAUGAUGACAAUGAUAGUAUUCCUGACAGCCAAAAUGAUGGAGAUGGAAAACCUGAUGAUCAAGAGAAAGAUACUGAUGGAGAUGGUAUUCCAGAUCAUUUGGAUGAUGAUGAUGACAAUGAUGGUAUUCCUGACAGCCAAGAUAAUGAUGAUGAUGGAGAUCGAAUACCUGAUGAUCAAGAGAAAGAUUCUGAUGGGGAUGGCAUUCCAGAUCAUUUGGAUGAUGAUGAUGACAAUGAUGGCAUUCCUGACAGCCAAGAUGAUGAUGAUGAUGGAGAUGGAAUACCUGAUGAUCAAGAGAAAGACACUGAUGGAGAUGGUAUUCCAGAUCAUUUGGAUGAUGAUGAUGACAAUGAUGGUAUUCCUGACAGCCAAGAUGAUGAUGAUGAUGGAGAUGGAAUACCUGAUGAUCAAGAGAAAGAUACUGAUGGAGAUGGUAUUCCAGAUCAUUUGGAUGAUGAUGAUGACAAUGAUGGUAUUCCUGACAGCCAAGCUAAUGAUGAUGAUGGGGAUGGAAUACCUGAUGAUCAAGAAAAAGAUUCUGAUGGAGAUGGCAUUCCAGAUCAUUUGGAUAAUGAUGAUGACAAUGAUGGUAUUCCUGACAGCCAAGAUGAUGAUGAUGAUGGAGAUGGAAUACCUGAUGAUCAAGAGAAAGAUACUGAUGGAGAUGGCAUUCCAAAUCAUUUGGAUGAUGAUUAUGACAAUGGAGAUGGAAUACCUGAUGAUCAAGAGAAAGAUUCUGAUGGGGAUGGUAUUCCUGAUCAUUUAGAUGAUGAUGAUGACAAUGAUGGUAUUCCUGACAGCCAAGAUAAUGAUGAUGAUGGGGAUGGAAUACCUGAUGAUCAAGAGAAAGAAAAUGAUGAGGACCAAUUAGAUAAUGACAAUGGUGACAGUGGAAUUGAAAAACAUUACAUUAAACCAGAUUACUUAGAAAAAGAUACUGAUGGUGAUGGCAUUCCAGAUUACCUUGAUGAAGAUAUUGAUGGUGAUGGCAUUUUAAAUGAUGAAGAUAAUGAUGAUGAUGGUGAUGGCAUUCCAGACAAAGAGGAAGAUUCAGAUGGGGAUGGUAUUCCUGAUUAUUUAGAUCAAGAUGAUGAUGGUAAUGGUAUACCUGAUCAUCUUGAGGGAGACACUGAUGGUGAUGGUAUACCUGAUUAUUUAGAUGAUGAUAUUGAUGGUGAUGGUAUACCAAAUAUUGAUGAUGAUGAUGAUGAUAAUGAUGGUGUGCCAGAUGAUUGGGAAGUUGACAGAGAUGGUGAUGGUAUACUUGACUAUUUAGAAGAUACAGAUGGGGAUGGAGUUCCCGAUUAUUUAGAUGAUGAUAUUGAUGGAGAUGGUAUUCCAAAUGAUGAAGACAAUGAUGAUGAUGGAGAUGGAAUACCUGAUAUAUGGGAGGAAGACAGAAAUGACAAUGGCAUUCAAGAUUAUUUAGAAGAUACUGAUGGUGAUGGGAUUCCUGAUUUCAAAGAUGAUGAUAUAGAUGGGGAUGGUAUACCUAAUGACCAAGAUGAUGAUGAUGAUGGGGAUGGUAUUUCUGAUGAACUUGAGAAAGAUACAGAUGGAGAUGGUAUUCCAGAUUUUUUAGAUGAUGACAUAGAUGGUGAUGGAGUUCCAAAUGAUAAAGAUAAUGAUGAUGAUGGGGAUGGAAUACCAGAUGACCUUGAAGGUGAUACUGAUGGUGAUGGAAUUCCAGACUAUUUAGAAGAUCAGGAUGGUGAUGGUGUCCCUGAUUAUUUGGAUGAUGAUAUUGAUGGGGAUGGUAUUUCAAAUGAAGAGGAUGAUGAUGAUGAUAAUAAUGGACUUCCAGAUGGAUUAGAAAGUGACAGUGAUGGUGAUGGUGUUCCAGAUUAUCUGGAAGACACAGAUGGAGAUGGAGUUCCAGAUUAUUUAGAUGAUGAUAUUGAUGGUGAUGGUAUUCCUAAUAAUGAUGACUUAGAUGAUGAUGGUAAUGGAAUUCCUGAUGAUUUAGAAAAUGACAAAGAUGGUGAUGGUAUUCUAGAUUACUUAGAAGAUCAAGAUGGGGAUGGUGUCCCUGACUAUUUAGAUGAUGAUAUUGAUGGAGAUGGUAUUCCAAAUGAUCAAGAUGAUGAUGAUGAUGGAGAUGGCAUUCCAGAUAUUUUAGAAAAGGACACAGAUGGAGAUGGUGUACCAGAUUACCUUGAUGAUGAUGAUGAUGGAGAUGGUAUUCCAGAUAGUUUAGAAAAAGACACAGAUGGUGAUGGAAUUCCUGACUACAAAGAUGAUGACAUAGAUGGUGAUGGUAUUUCCAAUGACCAAGAUGAUGAUGAUGAUGGUGAUGGAAUACCUGAUGCUCUUGAAAAAGAUAGUGAUGGAGAUGGUGUGCCUGAUUAUCUUGAUAAUGAUGAUAAUGGGAAUGGUAUUCCUGAUAAUCUUGAGGUUGACACUGAUGGUGAUGGAGUUCCUGAUUAUUUAGAUGAUGAUGAUGAUAAUGAUGGUAUACCUGACCAUUUAGAUGAUGAUGAUGAUGGUGAUGGUAUUCCAGAUCAUUUAGAAACUGAUACUGAUGGUGAUGGUAUUCCUGAUUUUAUAGAUGAUGAUGAUGACAAUGAUGGCAUUCCUGAUUCUUUAGAUGAUGACCAAGAUGGAGAUGGAAUACCAGAUGUAUAUCAAAUUGAUACAGAUGGAGAUGGUUUGCCAGAUUAUUUAGAUGAUGAUGAUGACAAUGAUGGCAUUCCUGAUUCUCUGGACACAGAUGAUAACAAUAAUGGUAUUCCUGAUGAGCAAGAGGUAGAUACUGAUGGUGAUGGAAUUCCAGAUUAUAUUGAUGAUGAUGAUGACAAUGAUGGGAUACCAGACCAUGUAGAUGAUGACUCAGAUGGCAAUGGCAUUUUAGAUUCACAGCAAAUAGAUACUGAUGGUGAUGGAAUUCCAGAUUAUAUAGAUGAUGAUGAUGACAAUGAUGGUAUUCCAGAUAGUUUAGAUGAUGAUGAUGAUGGAGAUGGUAUCCCAGACAAUAAAGAGCUAGACUCUGAUGGUGAUGGUAUUCCAGACAAUCUUGAUGAAGAUGACAACAAUAAUGGUAUACCAGAUCAUUUAGAAAAGGAUACUGAUGGAGAUGGUAUACCUGAUUAUUUAGAUGAUGAUGAUGACAAUGAUGGUAUUCCAGAUAGUUUGGAUGAUGAUGAUGAUGGUGAUGGUAUACCUGAUCAACUUAAGACAUUGGACAUAAAUAAAAAUGGAAUUCCAGAUUAUCAAGAAAUAGAUACAGAUGAGGAUGGUAUACCUGAUUAUAUAGAUGAUGAUGAUGACAAUGAUGGAAUACCAGAUGAACUAGAUGAUGAUGAUGAUGGAGAUGGAAUCCCUGAUGACCAAGAAAUUGACACAGAUGGUGAUGGUAUUCCUGAUUAUUUAGAUGAUGAUGAUGACAAUGAUGGCAUUCCUGAUGAUGAAGAUGCUGAUGCUGAUGGGGAUGGUAUUCCAGAUGUUGAAGAAGAUGAUACUGAUGGAGAUGGAGUCCCUGAUUAUCUUGAUGCUGAUGAUGAUAAUGAUGGUGUGCCAGAUAUUAAUGACACUGACAAAGAUGGUAAUGGUAUUCCAGAUUUUAUGGAAAAAGACUCAGACAGUGAUGGCAUACCAGAUUACCUUGAUGAUGAUGAUGACAAUGAUGGUAUUCCAGACUUCUUAGACAAUGAUGAUGAUGGGGAUGGUAUUCCUGAUGAUAAAGAAGAUUUUGAUGGUGAUGGAAUACCUGACUAUCUAGAUGAGGAUGCUGAUGGAGAUGGUGUUGCUGAUAAGCUUCCUGAUUCUGAUGGAGAUGGCAUUCCUGAUAUUAGAGAUGAUGAUGAUGAUAAUGAUGGUAUCCCAGAUGUUCUAGAGGAUACAGAUGGUGAUGGAAUUCCAGACUACAUGGAUGAUGAUGCUGAUGGGGAUGGUAUACUGGAUAAAAGUCAAGACUCUGAUGGUGAUGGCAUUCCAGAUUACCUUGAUGAUGAUGAUGAUAAUGAUGGUAUACCAGACAGUGUUGAUAAAGAUGAUGAUGGUGAUGGAAUACCAGAUAACCAGGACAAAACCAAGUGUGACAAAGAAACAUGCCCUGUAAAGCCAAUUAAGAAGCCCAGCAAAAAAAGAAGUUUGGCUAAAGAACAAGCAUCAUUCUGGAUACGAAUCAAAAAUGCUUUAAAGAAAAUGAUGGCUGCAGCCUUGAGCCAAGAAGGAGAUCAAACAACAGAGAAACCACAACUUCCACCUCCUGUUAAACAAAAGCCUCAUGAACAAAAAUAUGACCUUAUUGAUAUUGUCAAAAAUUUUAUCUGGGGAAAAUCUGCUUCUGCUGCUGCUGAUGAAAAUGAAGCUGCCUCUCCCAGUGAUGAUUUAACUGUAAAAAGUGUCAAUUCAAAAGAUGACAAUAAAAAUGAUGAAUUACCAGAUGCGCCAAUAAAAGUUGUUUAUGCUAAACUCAAGCAGCCUGCAACUAAGGAUUUAAAGAAUACACUAGCAGUAAAGCCACAAACAGCAAACCAAAUGGGCACUAAAGUUGUUAAGAACAAACUUCAAACCUCAGCACAGGAACAAAAACAAAACAUUAUUAACUCUAAAAAAAUUCCAAGAAAAGGUAAUCCUAGCAAAACUCAGGCUGAGCCAAAUACUAAAGUAGCAGCCGUAAAUAAAACUCAGAAUAAAAGUCUACAUUCAGAUCAAAUGCAAGCGAAACAGACUAUCUCAAAACAAUCUACUCAACCAAUUUCCCCACCACCUAAACAAAAAACACAAUCAUUUUCUUCAUCUCCUAAACAAAAUACAAAACCUGUUCCCUCAUCUCCUAAACAAAAUACAAAACCUGUUCCCUCAUCUCCUAAACAAAAUACAAAACCUGUUCCCUCAUCUCCUAAACAAAAUACAAAACCUGUUCCCUCAUCUCCUAAACAAAAUUCAAAAUCCAUUGGAAGCAGCCAGCCUUCAAAGCAAAGUCCGCAAGAAACCUCUAAAACAAUUCCUCCUUCCAAGACAGCUUCUGUUAAAGUUUCCACAAAUCUGCAAAAAGCAGAACCUAAGUUGAUGCCUAGCAAAAUGAAACAGCAAAGUGGUAAAAAAACAGAGUUAUAAUCCUUCAUGUAAUAGAAAUCAUUUCUAGUCUAUAUAUUCUCAGAGAUUCUUUGUCAGUUUACCAUCCACAUUCCAGCAGUGCCAAGAACUAUGAAAUAGUAUUCAACAGGCUUACAGAUUGUUCUACAACUAUGGUAUCUACAUGAAGUAAAACAUUGUUGUGCAAGCAUUUGACCAGUGAAUGAUCACUGUUUAGAUUUAGUCAUGAAUAAAACAGUGGAGGAAUAUUCAGUUGUGGGAAGUAUCUGAUAAAAUUUAUACAGCUUUGAGAACAAAGAAUGUAUGAAAAUU